AUACCAGACAACCUGCAUUCCCCCAACCGCCCAUCAGGGAGAGCCGCCUUAACUGCAGCUUCGGUUUUACUUUUGCUUUUGGAAUUCGUUUUUUCCGAGCAGACCCGUUGAGGAUGUUGUCCAAACGCAUUGUUACCGCUCUUAACACCGCCGUCAAGGUCCAAAAUGCCGGAAUCGCCACCACCGCCCGCGGAAUGGCCGGAGCUUCCGGAUCCGAAGUCUCCAAGAUUCUCGAGGAGAGAAUUCUCGGAACCGAGACUGGAAUCAACCUUGAGGAGACCGGAAAGGUUCUCUCCAUCGGAGACGGUAUCGCUCGCGUUUACGGAUUGAAGAACAUCCAGGCCGAAGAAAUGGUUGAGUUCGACUCAGGAAUCAAGGGAAUGGCCAUGAACUUGGACGUUGACAACGUCGGAGUUGUCGUCUUCGGAAACGAUAAGGUCAUCAGAGAAGGAGACAUCGUCAAGCGUACCGGAGCCAUCGUCGACGUUCCAGUCGGAGAUGGUCUUCUCGGACGUGUUGUUGACGCCCUCGGAAACCCAAUUGACGGAAAGGGACCAAUUGCCAACGCCAGAAGAUCUCGUGUCGAAGUCAAGGCCCCAGGAAUCAUCCCACGUUUGUCUGUGCGCGAACCAAUGGUUACUGGAGUCAAGGCCGUCGAUUCUCUUGUGCCAAUUGGACGUGGACAACGUGAAUUGAUCAUUGGAGAUCGUCAAACCGGAAAGACCGCCAUUGCCAUUGACACCAUCAUCAACCAGAAGAGAUUCAACGACGCUGGAGACGACAAGAAGAAGCUUUUCUGCAUCUACGUCGCUGUCGGACAGAAGAGAUCCACCGUCGCCCAGAUUGUGAAGCGUCUCACUGACGCCGGAGCCAUGGACUACACCAUCGUUGUGUCUGCUACCGCCUCCGAUGCCGCUCCACUCCAAUUCUUGGCUCCAUACUCUGGAUGCGCCAUGGGAGAGCAUUUCCGUGACAACGGAAAACAUGCUCUCAUCAUCUUCGACGAUCUGUCCAAGCAAGCCGUCGCCUACCGUCAAAUGUCUCUUCUUCUCCGUCGUCCACCAGGUCGUGAGGCUUACCCAGGAGAUGUCUUCUACCUUCACUCCCGUCUUCUCGAACGUGCCGCCAAGAUGAACAACAGCCUCGGAGGAGGAUCUCUCACCGCUCUCCCAGUCAUUGAGACUCAAGCCGGAGAUGUGUCUGCUUACAUUCCAACCAAUGUCAUUUCCAUCACUGACGGACAGAUCUUCUUGGAGACUGAACUCUUCUACAAGGGAGUACGACCAGCCAUCAACGUCGGUCUGUCUGUAUCCCGUGUAGGAUCUGCUGCUCAAACCAAGGCCAUGAAGCAAGUCGCCGGAUCCAUGAAGCUCGAGUUAGCUCAGUACCGUGAGGUCGCUGCUUUCGCCCAAUUCGGAUCUGAUCUCGAUGCCUCCACACAACAACUUUUGAACAGAGGAGUCCGUCUUACCGAGCUUCUCAAGCAAGGACAAUACGUACCAAUGGGAAUUGAAGAACAAGUCGGAGUCAUCUACGCCGGAGUCAAGGGAUACCUCGACAAGGUCGACCCAUCCGCCAUCACCAAGUUCGAGAAAGAAUUCUUGGCUCAUCUCCGCUCAUCACAACAAGCUCUUCUCAAGACCAUCCGUGAAGAAGGACAAAUCUCCCCACAAACCGAUGCUCAACUUAAGGAUGUCGUCGUCAACUUCUUGGCCACAUUCAAGCCAUAGAACCCGUAAACUUUAUGUGUAGAAUUGUUGUUUUAUGUUUUUUUUUUUGGCCGAGCUCCCCCAUUUUAGUUUCGAAAUAAAGAAUAAUUAUGAAAAAGGAAGAAUGUGGCGUUUUUGAUGUGUUUUCUCUUUAUAUUUGAUUUUUUGUAUUGUUUCUUUUCCCCCACCCAUCCCAACCAGAAUCCCCUUCAAUUUUUCCAAACUUUCUACCCGACCGAUAAAUAAACACCGUCCCGUCUCUUAUUGUAAAAUUGAAAUUGUUUUUUCUCUGAAAUAAUGAUUCACAGGACGCUUUUAGAAA